AUGGCUACCAACCAAGCAUCAUCCAUGGAACCCAUCCGUACAGACCCGGACAUCCCGGGGACAGUUGACAUGAGCCUCUCUGAAGGCCAGGAGUCGACUGCCUACGGACUGGCUCUCUAUCCAGUUCCCUCCGAUGACCCCAACGAUCCUCUCCAGUGGCCAAAAUGGAAGAAGACUACGCUCUUGUUGCUCGUGUCUGUCUACUCGUUCCUCGCAAACGGCAGCUUGUUCGGCCCGACUGUAUACGUCAACUAUCUCGCUGAUAAGUUCCACAAGACGCCAAACCAGACGUCUCAGCUGACCACGUACCCAAACUUACUGUUUGGUUUCGGAUCUCUCAUCUUCGUGCCAAUGUAUCGUAAAAUCGGCCGCCGUCCUGUCAUGCUGAUAUCUCUUGUGCUGUACUGUGCCGGUCUCUUAGGAAGUGCUCUCUCCAAAUCGUACGACACACUCCUUGGUUUCCGAAUGCUCCAUGCUUUCGCCUCCUCUGUCUGUGAGGCUCUUCCCGCGCAGGUUGUCGCAGAUGUCUUCUUUCUCCACGAGCGUGGCAAAGCCCUUGGCUGGUAUACCUUUGCACUGACCACUGGUACUCUCUCUGCCGUUGCCGCUAGCUACAUGCUUGCAGGUGGCCACUCCUACAACCUCUUCUUCUGGGUUGAGUUUGCGAUCGGAUGCGUCUUGCUCCUUGCUGUUUUCUUCCUCUUCGAAGAAACUAUGUUCUUCAGAGAUAGCCACAUCCCAGGUGUUCCAUUGAACGCCGAUGGUUCGGCGAGACUUCAGAAAGAUGAGGAGCACCAGACUACCGAGGAGAUCGAGAUCCAGGCGACGCCACGAAACUACGUUCGUGACAGUUACUUGCAACAACUCAAGCUUAUCAGAAGAACGGAUCCAAACUCUCCCAUUGUCAUGAUGAUGGCCAGAUCGUUUACAUAUUUUGUGGUUCCGCCAGUCUUUUGGGUCUGCUCAACUUAUGGGAUCAUCAUUGGCUUGGCAGCCCUUGCUUUCACCGCCACAUUCCCGGGAAUCGUGACAUCUCCUCCUUACUCCUGGCCGAUCGAGAACACGGGGCUCAUAGCCGUCUCCGCCUUCCUGGGUUACCUCGCUGCCGCCGGGCCGUUCAGUUCGCUGCCUGAUCGAUUCUCUGCAAGGUUAACCAAGAAGAACAACAACAUCUACGAAGCAGAGUAUCGCCUCUGGUGCCUUGUUGUAGUACUUUUCGUAUCCCCGGCAUCUCUCAUCCUGUAUGGAUACUCAGCCGAGAAACAGCUCCACUGGUUCGGUCUAGUCUUUGCCGUUGGACUUUUCCAAUUCGGCGCAUUUUUCUUUUUGACGUAUACACUUGCUUACGCAAUGGACUCGUAUGAAGCAAAUGUACCAGAAAUGUUGAUUGCUAUGAAUAUCGGCAAGCAGGCCAUCUCUUUUGGGUUUGGGUAUGAGGUCAUCAACUGGAUCAUUAAAGAUGGGUAUGUGACGGUAUUUGCAGGGAUCUUCUGCAGUGUUCUUUUGGUCAAUAACCUUACGGUCUUUGUCUUCCUGGUGUUCGGGAAGCGACUGAGAGGGUGGUACACCCAUACCCGCCUAGCCAAGAUUCACAAGGGAAGCAUUCAUUGA